UUAAUGUAAGCAGUGGGAUAGUGUAGGGUAGGAAGCUACGUUGUUAUUCCUAGUAAGGUUUUUUUUUUCCUCCCCCAACUAUCUUUAUUUUUUAAACUUGUUUUUUUGAUUCGUGAUUUUUUCAAGGGGAUAUACUCGACAAAUGGUUUUAUCCCUCUUUGUAUUUUAGACUAUCCUUUUUGUUUAUCUUGGUUUAGCAUGCUAUUCUGUACCCUUUCCUCGGCUUGAGGUCAUGUAUUUGUUCUAGUCUCAAGAUCACCAUUGUGGACUCAUGCAAAACACAGCUUCCCUUUUUCGGCAUUAAUUUCGGUGGAUAUAGCUGCUGGGACCCCUACAUCAGAGUCGACGAGAGUUUGAAGUCACUGAACAGGGGCGCUUCCACAUACUUUUGGCUAUUUGUUUUUAAUUUCCUUUGCUGGACCCUUCGGAAGGAUAGACCGACUGAGCGCAUUGCUCUUUCUUGUGAUCUACACCGAAUAAGAAGCGCCAGUUCCCCGUACAUAAGGAUUCGUUUGUGGCUUGUACGCGGGGCGGUGUGCUUUUUUGUUUUAACCAUAUUCUUGAGAUUGGUCGAAGCUUGGAUUUCUCUUCUGUCUCUUGGUCUUUCGGAAUUAAUGAUGGUGCUGUCCUAAAUCCUGAGAUUUUUUGACCGAGUUUCUCUCCCAAACCUGCCGUGAGAUAAAAGGUGGGGAGGCAGCUGAACAGUGCUUCUGGGAGCCAGUCCGCCACUGGAGAAGGAAUGUUUCCUCAAAGCAGACAUCCCACGCCGCAUCAGGCAGCGGGACAGCCUUUCAAAUUCACCAUUCCUGAGUCUCUGGAUCGGAUAAAAGAAGAAUUCCAGUUUCUCCAAGCUCAGUAUCACAGUUUAAAACUGGAGUGUGAAAAACUGGCAAGCGAGAAAACAGAAAUGCAGAGACACUACGUUAUGUACUAUGAAAUGUCUUAUGGGCUUAAUAUUGAAAUGCAUAAACAGACAGAAAUUGCAAAGAGGCUGAAUACAAUCUGUGCCCAAGUGAUCCCAUUUCUGUCUCAGGAACAUCAACAGCAAGUUGCACAGGCAGUAGAAAGAGCAAAACAAGUGACUAUGGCAGAACUUAACGCCAUCAUCGGGGUACGUGGCCUUCCGGGUCUACCUCCUACACAACAGCAGCUCCAGGCUCAGCAUUUGUCGCAUGGCCACGGCCCUCCAGUGCCUCUCACCCCCCACCCCACAGGACUGCACCCUUCUGGACUGCCUCACCUGGGAAGCAGUGCAGGUCUAUUGGCUCUCUCCAAUGCCCUGAGUGGACAGCCUCACUUGGCAGUCAAGGAAGACAAGAAAAACAGCCAUGAUUCAGACCACCACAGAGAGCGAGAACCCAGCACAAGCAAUUCAUUGUUGGUACCGGAGAGUUUGCGGGCCUCAGAUAAACGUCGAAAUGGACCAGAAUUUUCAAAUGAUCUAAAAAAAAGAAAAGUUGAUGAUAAGGACUCCAGCCACUAUGAAAGUGAUGGAGAUAAAAGUGACGAUAACUUGGUGGUUGAUGUUUCUAAUGAGGAUCCUGUCUCCCCCCGAGGUACACCAGCUCAUUCACCAAGGGAAAAUGGCUUAGAUAAAAACCGACUGUUAAAGAAGGAUGCAUCCAGCAGUCCUGUGUCUACAGCCUCUUCAGGCAGCUCCUCUUCCCUUAAGUCUAAAGAGAUCACUAUGCAUGAUAAGGCAAGUACACCGGUAUUGAAAUCCAGUACACCAACUCCACGUGGGGAGGUGCCAACUCCUGGCACCAGUGCUACUCCAGGUUUACGGCCAAACCUUGGUAAACCAUCAUCCAUAGAGCAACUUGCUAAUCAGUCAGCUGCUGGUAUACGAACCCCUUUGGCAGUACCAGGUCCUUACCCUGGUCCUUUUGGGAUGGUGCCUCAUGCAGGGAUGAAUGGAGAGCUCACCAGCCCAGGAGCAGCUUAUGCCAGUCUUCACAACAUGUCUCCGCAGAUGAGUGCUGCUGCUGCUGCCGCAGCUGCUGUGGUAGCCUAUGGACGUCCAUCAAUGGUUGGGUUUGAUCCACAUCCCCAUAUGCGUGUCCCUGGAAUCCCCCCUAGUCUUGCAGGCAUCCCUGGUGGAAAGCCAGCAUAUUCCUUUCAUGUCACUGCUGAUGGACAAAUGCAGCCUGUACCCUUCCCUCCUGAUGCUCUGAUUGGUCCAGGAAUCCCCCGACAUGCCCGGCAAAUCAAUACUUUGAGCCAUGGAGAGGUAGUAUGUGCAGUGACCAUCAGCAACCCCACAAGACAUGUGUACACAGGGGGUAAAGGCUGUGUUAAGGUCUGGGACAUCAGUCAGCCUGGCAACAAAAGCCCAGUGUCUCAGCUGGACUGUUUGAAUAGGGACAAUUAUAUCCGUUCCUGCAAAUUGUUGCCUGAUGGCUGCACCCUUAUUGUUGGUGGCGAGGCCAGCACAUUAUCCAUCUGGGACUUGGCAGCACCGACUCCACGCAUUAAAGCAGAGCUAACAUCCUCUGCUCCCGCAUGUUAUGCUUUGGCUAUCAGUCCAGACUCCAAGGUGUGCUUUUCUUGCUGCAGUGAUGGCAACAUUGCAGUGUGGGACCUGCAUAACCAGACUUUAGUAAGGCAAUUCCAGGGCCACACGGAUGGAGCCAGCUGUAUUGACAUUUCCAAUGAUGGCACCAAGCUGUGGACAGGAGGCCUGGACAACACAGUAAGGUCCUGGGACCUCCGGGAAGGGAGGCAGCUACAGCAGCAUGACUUUACAUCACAGAUUUUUUCUCUUGGUUAUUGCCCCACUGGAGAAUGGCUGGCUGUUGGAAUGGAGAGCAGUAAUGUGGAGGUUUUACAUGUAAACAAACCUGACAAAUAUCAACUGCACCUCCAUGAGAGCUGUGUAUUAUCUCUACAGUUUGCAUAUUGUGGAAAAUGGUUUGUGAGCACAGGCAAAGAUAACUUGUUGAAUGCUUGGAGGACACCAUAUGGCGCUAGCAUAUUUCAGUCCAAGGAGUCCUCUUCAGUACUUAGCUGUGAUAUCUCAGUGGAUGAUAAAUACAUUGUUACUGGAUCUGGAGACAAAAAGGCCACAGUCUACGAAGUUAUCUACUGAAUACCAAAUGUUUUUUGUUUGUUAUUCCCUUUUGUAUUCAACACGUGAAUUGGGGCACAGUUCGUGAAAGUGCUAAACCCUGAAGUGUAUGGCCUACGUACUGCCCACUGUGAUGGGAGAGCACAAGCAACAAAACACAACAAAAGGAAAUAGUUGCUGAGCCGAAUCAACCUAAAUAAAACUUAAGACUGUGAAAUGUCAGCAGAGUUACAGACCUUAAUGGAUGACCUCACUAAAUUCUGACUUUUUUUUUAUUUUUUUGAAAACUUCUGAUGAACAUUGGAUGCACUCUCUUGACCUCAUACAUACGGAGUCUGUGGCAUUGCCUCCUCUUUCCACCACCUUUAUGUCUUUUAAUUGUAGAACAGUGGAGUCUCAGAUGAACUUGUCCUUUUUUAUUUUGGCAUCUUGUGACGUUUUUUUGCAUUUUUGUUGAAGGUCAAACUAUUUGUAAAAAUUGUAAAUAUUUGGUUUACUACAGUAAAGGCUUUAGUAUCAACAAAAUAUUUGGUAUGUCUU